AUGAAGAGAGGAAGCGAUGGAGCAUACAUAAGAAAAGGGCCAUGGCAUGCUGAAGAAGAUGAGGUACUGAUAAAUCAUGUCAAGAAGAAUGGCCCAAGAGAUUGGAGCUCCAUUCGAUCAAAGGGAUUACUGCCUAGAACUGGGAAAUCAUGCCGUCUUAGAUGGGUCAAUAAGCUUAGACCCAACUUGAAAACAGGGUGCAAGUUUUCAGCAGAGGAAGAGAGGUUAGUCAUAGAACUGCAGGCACAGGUGGGGAACAAGUGGGCCGAAAUCUCUACGUAUUUGCCGGGAAGAACAGACAAUGAUGUCAAGAAUUUCUGGAGUAGUAGGAAAAAGAGGCUGCAGAGGCUUCUUCAUCACAGACCAUCACCAUUGAAGUCUCACAAAACCAAAGUGAAAAGGCCUCUUGUUCAUCAAGUCCCAAAGGAUUCUACUAUGGCCGCUAUCCCAUCAUGUCAAUCUAACUGUCCACACGUGGAACCUGAAGAGUUGAGAUUGGCGGCGCCAUUGCCUGAAAUGAUGAGGCCAAACGUUCUAAACUUUGAGUCAGGACUUUCUAUGGUUGAUGCUAGUGGCAUUGGCUCUGGUUUAAUUAACGAUCCAAGUGUAUUACUUAGAGAAAGUAAAAGCAGCAAUUUUUUUGAUGAUUUGACUCAAGACAUGCUUGACUAUUUUGAUUCUGUUUCGAGUUCACAAGAGUUGUGA